CACUCUCAGUAGACACUCUGUCUUCUCCCUCUCUCUCUCUCUCACACGUUCUCCAACCCAAGGAGGCCAGACAGAGGGACGUGGUCACUCUCUGAAAGGUUCAACUGGAGAGACACAAAAUGCAGUGGGCCCCCCUCCUGCUGCUGGCAGGGCUCUGCUCCCUCUCCCGGGCCCAGUAUGACGAAGAUCCCCACUGGUGGUUCCACUACCUCCGCAGCCAGCAGUCCACCUACUACGAUCCCUAUGACCCGUACCCUUACGAGCCCUAUGAGCCCUACCCCUAUGGGGUGGAGGAAGGCCCAGCCUAUGCCUAUGGCUCUCCACCCCCUCCAGAGCCCCGCGACUGCCCCCAGGAGUGCGACUGCCCCCCCAACUUCCCCACAGCCAUGUACUGUGACAACCGCAACCUCAAGUACCUGCCGUUCGUCCCGUCCCGCAUGAAGUACGUCUACUUCCAGAACAACCAGAUCUCGUCCAUCCAGGAAGGUGUCUUCGACAACGCCACUGGGCUGCUCUGGGUUGCUCUCCAUGGCAACCAGAUCACCAGCGAUAAGGUGGGCAGGAAGGUCUUCUCCAAGCUGCGGCACCUGGAGAGGCUGUACCUGGACCACAACAACCUGACGCGGAUGCCCGGCCCACUGCCACGAUCCCUGAGGGAGCUCCAUCUCGACCACAACCAGAUCUCGAGGGUCCCCAACAACGCUCUGGAGGGGCUGGAGAACCUCACGGCCUUGUACCUCCAGCACAACGAGAUCCAGGAGGUGGGCAGUGCGAUGAGGGGCCUCCGGUCACUGAUCCUGUUGGACCUGAGCUACAACCACCUGCGGAAGGUGCCUGACGGGCUGCCCUCGGCCCUCGAGCAGCUCUACCUGGAGCACAACAACGUCUACUCCGUCCCCGACAGCUAUUUCCGGGGGUCACCCAAGCUGCUCUAUGUGCGGCUGUCCCACAACAGCCUCACCAACAAUGGCCUGGCCUCUAACACCUUCAACUCCAGCAGCCUCCUCGAGCUUGACCUCUCCUACAACCAGCUGCAGAAGAUCCCCCCGGUCAACACCAACCUGGAGAAUCUCUACCUCCAAGGCAAUAGGAUCAAUGAGUUCUCCAUCAGCAGCUUCUGCACCGUGGUGGACGUCAUGAACUUCUCCAAGCUGCAGGUGCUUCGCCUGGACGGGAACGAGAUCAAGCGCAGCGCAAUGCCCGUGGACGCGCCCCUCUGCCUGCGCCUUGCCAGCCUCAUCGAGAUCUGAGUGGCCCCUUGCACAGGGCACGGGGCGAGGGUCCCCGCGCCCCACUGCAUUUGGCUUGAUGGUUUGGUUUGGCUUUUGCUGGAAGGUCUGGGACAGACCAUGUGACAGAACUCCAUGGGCUCCCUCUGUAGUCUUCUUCCCUGUAGGCAGGGUCAGGUGGGAUCAGGGGACAGGCAGCCUUUUACUGAGGGACACGGCCGCAGCUCUCUUUCCAGGACAGAUGUGGUGGCAGAGGAACUAAUCCGUGGAAGUCCCAACCCCAGAAACCUCACUAUUCUAAGUUCUUCCCAAUGAUCUGGUGUCAUGAACUCUAAAAGUCCCUCGGGCAACAGCACAUCGCGUGCUUUCCCCACAAUCCCUGGCUCUCUCCGUGAGCAGCGCUUGACCGCUCUCCUGCAUGCCAGGCCGGUGAUGCGGUUACUCUGGGCUCCCACUCAGUGCUCCUCGGAAUAUACCUCUUUGCCCAACUGCCUCCUCCUUUGUCUUCUUCAUCCACUCAGCCUUGCUCCACAGACACCUGUUCUGGGCCUCAGGCGGAGGCAUGAAAGCCCAAGGCGUUCGGGCAUCUGCCCUGUGGCCUGUGAAGAGAACUCACACUAGUGUCUGGGGGGGGGGGGGAGGAAACCAAGAGUCACCUCUACACCCUCCCUAACUUGACUCCUUGAAAGCCACCAGAUUGGAGGUCACCAGCAUGAUGGCAAUAUUCAGGGACUGGUGUGGGAGGAGACAACCAACUUAGGCUUUGAUAAAUGGAGGGGGCUAUACUUUAGCAGCUGGGCAGUUCUUUGAAGGUGGAUCAGACUUCAGAACAGGAAAGGCCAGCCUUUGCUCACAUCAGCAUCCAUAAUGCAGGCAAACGUCCCGAAUCGGCUGAACUGAGGAAGCAGCCCCCAGGGUCUCACCAUUGCCCAGCACCCUCUGCAUUCCCAGCAGCUCCUUCUAGAAGAGUCUACAUCCUGAUGGGAGAAACAGAGUCCAAGCAGCCCUGGACUUGCCUGACUUGCCCAAAGGAGGGGGCGGUGGGUCAGUUGUAUGCAUUGAUUUGUCCUGAGACCCCAGUUCGUAGUGAAAGCUCUGGCUGGAGACGCUCCUUGGGUCUGUGAAGCCCGGGCCAGGCAGCCAAAUCUGGCUCGUGCUGAGGAUGAAACCCUCUGCUCUCACAUCUCUGAGCUACACCCUCACUCCUGAGGAUGCCUUUUGCUUUAUAGCUUGGCUGGAGAGCAAUGAAUUCUUCCCAUGUCUGAACAGUGAUGUUGCCUGGGGCCCGACCGUCCAAUUCCUUUGGGCGCCAUUGCGAUGGGGCCGUCUGGGCAGCCAGGGGCAAGGACUGGCCUGAGAAGAGCUAGUCCCAGCCUGACCCCCACCCAAAUGCUGUUACAUCCCUGACACUGUGUAUGCUUUGAAGCAGCUUCCCUGAGAAGUGAAGGGGAGGGUCCCUGGACUGUGUUCUUGGCUCCAGACUCAAAAAUCCACAAAAGCCAAACCAGCUCAUUUCAACAAAGGAGCUCUGAUGUGACAGGGCAAGGCUGCCCCUGCCCCAGGCUCUUCAGAAAGCGUCUGCAUGUGAACACCAUCAUGCCUCUAUAAAGGAUCCUUAUUACAGGAAACGCAUGAGUGGUGGCUAACCUGACCAAUAAAGUUAUUUUAUGAUUGCA